AUGAGCUGGGCUGCAGUGGCGCUGCGGGCCAACCACAGAGCCGGCGCGGCGGGCGCGAAGCUCCUGGGGCUUGGGAGGGCGGCGCAGGCCCCGCUGGGCAGUGCCCGGCUCUGGAGGCCCGCGUCGGCGGUGGCGACCGUGAAGGGGGAGCUCAUUAAGAAUGUGGCUCCGGAAGAGCGCGUCCGCCACACCAAGGUCUCCGUUAUAGGAAGCGGGUCGGUGGGCGUGGCCUGCGCCAUCAGCAUCUUGCUGAGAGGCUUGAGUGACGAACUGGCCCUCGUGGAUGUGGACGAAGACAGACUGAGGGGCGAGACCAUGGAUCUUCAGCAUGGCAGCGCCUUCGUGAAAAUGCCGAACAUCGUUUGCAGCAGAGACUACCGCGUCACCGCGGGCUCCCGCCUGGUCAUCAUCGCAGCAGGCGCACGCCAGGAAAAAGGAGAAACCCGCCUCAAUCUAGUCCAGCGGAACGUGGCCAUCUUCAGAGUAAUGAUCUCCAGUAUCGUCCAGCACAGCCCCCACUGCAAGCUGAUGGUGGUUUCCAACCCGGUGGAUAUCUUAACCUACGUAACCUGGAAGUUGAGUGCGUUUCCCCAAAAUCGCGUUAUUGGAAGUGGUUGUAAUCUGGAUACUGCUCGGUUCCGUUUCUUGAUUGGACAAAAGCUUGGUAUCCACUCUGAAAGCUGUCAUGGGUGGGUCCUUGGAGAACAUGGAGACUCAAGUGUUCCUGUGUGGAGCGGAGUGAACGUCGCUGGCGUCCUUCUAAAGGAUCUGAACUCAGCUAUAGGUACUGAUAAGGACCCUGAGCAGUGGGAAAAUGUCCACAAAGCAGUGAUUACCAGUGCCUAUGAGAUCAUUAAGAUGAAAGGUUAUACUUCAUGGGCCAUUGGCUUAUCUGUAGCUGACUUAACAGAAAGUAUCUUGAAGAAUCUCAGGAGAGUGCAUCCAGUUUCUACCAUAAUUAAGGGUCUUUAUGGAAUAAAUGAAGAAGUAUUCCUCAGUGUUCCUUGUGUCCUAGGAGAAAACGGUAUAACAGACCUUAUAAAGAUAAAGCUGACCGCUGAAGAGGAGGCCCGUUUGAAAAAGAGUGCAAAAACACUUUGGGGAAUUCAGAAGCAUCUCAAGCUUUAAAGUUGUUUGGAGACACCGUUCUGAAGUUACUGAAGAGAAGAUAGUAGACAUGGGAUUGUAUAUGCCAACGUUUUGAAUAACUUGAAUUCCUAAAAAUUGAUGAAGAGAUUCCCGUUUGUUUAGCCCUCUUGUUGUUUUAUUUAGCAUCCAGAUGUUGGAUGGUACUUACCUUUUUACAAUUCUUAACUGCAACACAAGAGGGGGAUUUGGUGUCUCUUCUGUAUCAUUACUUUCCUUAUACAUAUAUGUAGUUGCCAUCUGGUUCAAAAACAAGUCUGUUUUGGGAUGCAAAACAAGGAUAUUGGUGUUUAUUGUAUUCUAGAAAUUCUGAUUCUUUUCAGUAAAUACAUACUGAUUCAUUCUGGGUGAUUGGUACCUGUGUUCAUUUAUAUACUCUUUAAAAGUUGUAACUUUCUCUGCAAUGUAGAAAUAAUAUGUACACAUGAGUACUUUUUAGAAAUAAAUCCAUCUUGAGGCUACCCUCUUUCUGCUGGGACAACCAAUCAGCAGGACCAUUAAACAGAAACAUCAGGAAAUGGGGACUGUGUGUGUGUGCAGCACGCAUGCAUGCAGCCAUGCCUGUGAAGUUGGGUCAUUAAGAUAUGAAAAUAAUGGUGAUCAGACGUAGCUGUUAUAAAAUGUUCAAUGCAGUAAAGUAGAAUGCCUUUAGAGAGAGUCCUGACAGUCAUAGGUGGUGCAGCUUGUCACCGAUUUGGCAGAGGAAGGAAACCCUUGACUUGUGCAGUUACCAAAAAUAAAGCCUGAUUUAGUGAAAGCAUUUCAAACCUGCCUGUGAGAACCUCACCUGCCAUCACAUUAAAUCAAGACGCUGUUAUAAAUUGUUCUGGCGGGGCUCGGUCUCAGCAGUACAGUGGGCCCUGGCUCCCAGAGGCAUGGCAGUCAUGCCUGCUGCUCAGUUUAGCUCGUGUGAACAGCUUUUGCUUUUCAGUUGUGCCUGUUGGUAAUCGUGUCAUAAGAUUUGGACAUCUUAUGGGUACCUAGGAUUGCUUUUCUCAGAAUGUGGCACGUUCACUUUUUAUUCCUAAGUCAGUUGACUUCAGUUCAUAUUCUAGACUUUAUGGAUGUGAUACAGUAAGAAUUUAGGAAAAAGUAAAGAUGGCUUAUCUGUCCGUUACUUAAAUGAUAGUACUAAUGACUUAGAAAAUGGGAAGCUUAGAUUUAAAUAUUCACAUUAGGCUU